AAUUCGGCGUGGGCGGAAAACAGCGGAGGAAAACAAGUCCUACCGUGAGAAGAAAUAUAAAAUUCUGAUUAAGGGUUUUUGGAAACCAAAACCUCUGUAUUGUGCUACACGCAGAGAUAGAACAUUUAUUUUAAAUUUAGGUUUUCGUUCACAUUUAAGUUUCGAAGCAUUCGACAGAGCAAUCUAAAAUUCCGUUAGCUCACGAAGCCUUUACGCUCACAGAAAGUUUGGAGAGUGAAGAGAGGAGGAAGCCAUGUCAAUGAAUGAACAGACUAACAGGCUUUUCAGAAUCCGGCGCACUGUUUUGCAGAUGCUCCAUGACAGGAGUUAUCUUGUGGCUGAAUUGGAAAUCAACAUGUCCAAAGAACAGUUUCUUGAUAAGUUUGGGGAAGAUCCCAAGAAAGAUGAUCUUGUUAUCAAUAAAACUAAGCGCAACGAACCUGGUGAUCAGAUAUAUGUAUUUUUCCCUGAUGAACCUAAGGUAGGGGUAAAGACCAUUAAAACUUAUGUUGAGCGAAUGAAGUCUGAAAGUGUGUUUCGGGCUAUAUUAGUUGUCCAGCAGAACUUGACUCCUUUUGCAAAACAAAGUCUUCAGGAAUUUUCUGGCAAAUUCCACUUGGAGGUUUUCCAGGAGGCAGAACUACUUGUUAACAUAAAGGAACAUGUUCUUGUGCCAGAGCACCAACUAUUGACUAAUGAAGAGAAAAAGACACUAUUGGAAAGAUACACUGUAAAAGAAACACAGCUUCCACGAAUGCAAGAGUCGGAUCCUAUUUCACGGUAUUAUGGGCUUCGGCGAGGUCAAGUUGUGAAGAUUAUUCGGCCCAGUGAAACAGCUGGAAGAUAUGUGACUUAUCGUUAUGUUGUUUGACUUAAAUCAUACAUUCAAAGGGUGAACAUUUUGAAUGAUUGGCAUUACUUCCACAACCUCUUUAGAGUUUGGUAAACAUGCUAAAGUCAACUCUGUUGAAGAAUACUGGUGGUUGGCGUUCUGUAUAUAGACACUUUGGCUUCGUUUAGUGAUGAAAUCAAAGUGUUUAGUUGUUUCACUGUUUGGCAUUGCUCACUUAGAAUAAACUCUGUAGUCAUUUCAGAGUAUUCUACCAGUUAACAAUGGUAAAAAUAAUUUUUGUUGAAGACUGUAGCUUAUAAGUAGUACUUCUUACUGCAAAUGCAUCCAUUCUGGAUUCAAGUGAUAAAAGUUUUCAGGUUCAGGUAGAUCACAA